AUGUCUCUCUCCGAUUCCUUUGCCAUUCCGCAUGUCUCUGACUCGGACAAUGAUGAUAUCGAUUCACUGCCGUCAACGACGACCGAUUCCUUCAGCUCUGAGGAUGAGGAGUACGAUGCGCAGCGCGAGUGGGAGCGGAGCUUGGAACAGUUGCAACUUCUGUUGACCAUGAUAUUGGUGCCCUUUGCUGGCAAAUACUUUGGCAGGAAAUUUGCGUAUUGGAGUUGGGGAAGAUAUAUGGAAUGGUUCCACAACGUCGAGAUCAACUGGACGAACAAGAAGACAUUCAAGGCAGCCGGAGCGGUCGAAGCCGCUUCUUCGUUAUAG